AUGUCUAUCUGGGAUUCGCUCAGUGGUCGCAAACAGGACAAGGGUCCCGGUGCCUUCGAUCCUACCAGCGCGCAAGAUGCCACCUCUUUCCUCUCCGAAGUCGCCAUUCCCGAUCCUACUCAGCUCCAUCCCCUUGCUGGCUUGAACCAAGAUACCCUCGACUACAUCUCCCUCGAAGACUCCGCCCUCGACCAGCUCCCCGGUGACCGUUCGGUGCUGCCCUCCCGCGGAUGGUCGGACGAUCUCUGUUACGGAACCGGAACUACCUAUCUCGCUGGAUUGACAAUUGGAGGUGCAUGGGGUCUGGCUGAGGGCCUUAGGAAGACGCCGGUAUCGGCUCCCCCGAAGAUCCGCCUCAACGGUGUCCUGAACUCGAUCACGAGAAGAGGUCCCUUCCUCGGUAACUCCGCCGGUGUGGUGGCCAUGGUAUACAACGGCUUCAACUCGGGUCUGGGAUACGCACGUGGCAAGCACGACGCGGCCAACAGCAUUGUCGCUGGUGCUCUGAGUGGAAUGGUCUUCAAGAGUACCCGGGGUCUGAAGCCCAUGCUGAUCUCCGGCGGCAUCGUCGCGGGUAUUGCGGGAUCUUGGGCUGUGGCGCGCAAGGCAUUCCUGUAA